UUUGACACUUCUUUUUUUUUCUCCCAAAAGUUUCCAUUUUUUGUUGUCAUGGCUGCACCCACCAGGUCAGGAGGCUCAGAGCAAUGGCUUCUGGCCACUGUUGCCCUCAUAACAUUUGGGUUCUUGGCCUAUGCCAUUUACGACGCUGCCGUCGCCUCGGUGGCCGAGUUGUUUCAGAGGAUCGUCGUGGUUUCGCCACUGCUUUUGGUGGUUGCCGUUCACUGGCUGUCCAUCGGCGGUGGCAGCAGCGGCUGUGGCACUCAGGCGGCUGUGGGGUUUCCUUGGGGAGUUGGUUUGCUUCUGCUUCUCAUUCUGUUUCCUUGGAGUGCUGCUCUUCUUCUGCUUCUUCUUUACUUCUUUUUCCUCACUAACUGAUCAACUUCUUCGAUUCCGUGUACAUUUCUCGCGUCACGCGUCACCUUUCUCGUUCGGGUGAUUUUGUAUUGAACGUGGCUGCUACAAUACAAUGUGGUUGCUCUCUAAUAAUUGUUCUAUAUACCCCAAAUAACCGUUGGAUACAGAUUUGGAAUACCUCUUGUAAUUUCCCUUUCAACGGUGUAAAACUACCUAUUAGGGUGAUUUCUGUGCUUAGAAAUGAGGUGAAGUUUCUUGGGUAG